UCUCGCGAUGGUUGUAAACAGAAGAUGACUGUAUGUUGUGCUGAUGUGUAUUAUUUGAUGUAAGCUACAACCUAUAGAUGGGAAGAAGGAGGGGACGAAGAUGGUUUUCACGCAUAGUGGGAGUAAUUGCGUCUUUGGCCGCACUGUGCGUUGCAAAAAGUAAUGUAGAGGCGUCGAAUGAUCGGCCGAAGUCCUGCCCCAAUCCGGGGCAGGAGUCGGCGCGAGACAAAUACAUGAUGGUGGUGAGCACCCUGGAUGGACGGGUGUCGGCCCUGGAUGUCGGGGACAAGGGGCAGCUGAUGUGGUCAGUUCAGGCUGACUCACGUCCACUGCUGUCUUCAAGUAUCAGCAAAAUGGAGGUGAUGCGCGAAGGUGUACGGACACGACUCAUUCCGUCACUAGAUGGCGGUCUGUACCAAUACGAUGGAGACAGUAUUGAGGCGGUUCCUAUGACAGCAGAGACGUUGCUCUCUUCAUCCUUCAGGUUGUCUGACAACACUAUGAUGAUCGGUGGGAAGGACAUUCGGACAUACGGACUAGAUCCCACUAGCGGACAGAUCCGCUACCUGUGCACAAUGGCAGGAUGUCACGAUCUUAACCAGGGCGACGCCCGAGCAGAAGAUGACCUCAUCGUCAUCACACGCAACACUCAGACUGUUCGUGCCGUGGAUGCAAGGCUCGGAGUGGAGAAGUGGAACUUCAGUGUAGGUCGUCAUGAGAUAGAGAUCAUUGAUGGUGCAAAAUCCACUCACCCAGAUGAGAUAGACGGGGAUGAUGAUGACGACGGUGUUACCAUAGCAACAUGUAAUCCAGGUGAGGGUUUGUCACCAGAAGAAAUGUCUGAAUUCGAAGGCUACCUGAAGAUCAUCGUGCCAGAGGGGAUGAUAGUCGCCCUCAACCCUGAGGACUCUGUUAGUGUUAUGUGGCAGCACAAGUUCUCCAGCCCGGUGGCCAAUGCAUGGCUAAUGCACCAGGGCAAGCUGAAGCAGAUGAGUCUGUUUGACACACGCCAUGUUCCCGCCAUCUCCAGCUUCCAGCCCCAUGACAUCGACAGCCCACCAGGGGAUCCACUGCUUUAUGUCGGCAUGCAUCAGAACCAGCUUUAUGUCCAGCCAUCCGAUCAGAUGCAGGAGACAGUCGCUGCUGCUGCUGCCACCGCCGCAGCUGCCAACAGCAUCCAGGCUGCGCCACUACGGAUCACCUGGAGACCCUAUCUCAAUACAGCACCAUCACGGACACCUAUAAUGAACACUGACCCCAACCAACCCCAGAUAGCUGAAGGAGCGGAUGCUGGGCAGGCUGAAACUUCACUCAUCUCCUGGCAUGAAAACUACCCCUUUGACAAUGGUUACUAUCUGUUCCCUGACUUCUCCCCAACAACGCUUGCCAUUGAGGAAGGGCCAAACGGAAGCAGGCGGGAUGGUGGUAUUAACGUGAUGGGCAUGAACAUACCACUCUGGACCUGGUGGAAGGAGAUGGUGGCGAUCACCCUGAUGACGGUGGUGGUUCACCUGCUGCUGAGCAGAUAUGCCCACAAAGAACUGCCCAACUCCAGCAGACAGGUGUCUACUGAUAGUACCAACAGCAAGGGGUCAGAGACCUCACAGUCUCCACCAGAACCACAGAAACAGGAGGAAUAUUCUUCCAGGUUCAGCCAGGACUUUGACUGCCUGCACUGUUUAGGAAAAGGAGGAUUUGGGAUUGUGUUUGAAGCCAAGAAUAAAGUGGAUGAUUGCAACUAUGCUGUGAAGAGAAUCUGUAUCCCCAACAGGGAAGGUCAUAAGGAACGGGUUAUCCGAGAGGUGAAAGCUUUGGCCAAGCUGGAUCACGUGGGUAUUGUCCGAUUCUACCAUGCCUGGCUGGAGACACCCCCUUCAGGCUGGCAGGAGGAGAGAGACAAACAGUUUGAAGACAGUGAAUGCCUGACACCGACGCCAUGCAACUCAGGGACAGACGUAUCCUCCAUAUCUCGAUUCCCACCAAACCAGGCCAUGGAACCAAGUCUCUCAGACCUCAACCCUUUUAUUAACAAACUGGGAAUCCUACCCGAGGAAAAGUCUUUGUCUCUCAGCCAUCUCAACCAUCUUCGUGAAGGAACCAGUCAAGAGUUUUCUGCUCAUUCUGAUCAGGAUUGUUCCACAGAUGAAAGUGGGUCUUUCAGUUACAUUGGUGCAGAGCCUGACAAGCAACUCGCAGAAGAGGAAGAUUCAUUCAGCAUUGAAUUCAUGAAUUCUCAGUCAGGUGUAACGAAAUCUAAGUCAACUGACAUACCGUUCCAGUCCUAUCUCCAUUCAUCAAAUACCAGCAUGCACCAGUCACGUCAAGGUGAUGCAGACUCAUUCAGUAUUGUGUUCGAAGAUUCAGGGUGCAAGGAGAAAAGCAGUAAUGAUCUUUCACAAGAAAGAGAUGAUUCAGGAGAAACAGACUCCCAUGUUGUGUUCAAAGACCAUUCCAUUCGGAUUGAGAAAUCUGAAAGCUCCGGUUUUCCGAGCAAAAGCUCUGAUAGACACAUCUCCACGGAGAAGGACAGCCACAGUGUAGGAAAGAAAGUUCCGACUCCAAAGGUGUAUGUGUAUAUUCAGAUGCAACUGUGUCGGAGAGAGACGCUCAAGGAGUGGAUGUGUGCAAACACCCUGAACCGGGAUAGGAAUACAAUUCUGGAUAUAUUUGACCAGAUAGUGUCUGCUGUUGAAUAUGUACAUGAAUGUGUACUUAUGCACAGAGAUCUCAAGCCUUCUAAUAUUUUCUUCUCUGUGGAUGGGACAAUCAAGAUUGGAGAUUUUGGCCUUGUGACAGCUCUUGUAGAAGCACAGGACGUUGUCGGAGAAGCUGGUGAUGCCUACGCCAAGCACACGGCUGAGGUUGGCACACAGCUCUACAUGAGUCCAGAACAGAUUGCUCGACGUCAGUACGACCACAAGGUGGACAUCUUCUCCCUGGGAAUGAUCUUGUUUGAGCUGCUGUAUCCAUUCUCCACCCAGAUGGAGAGGGUCAGGACACUGAUGGACAUCAAGAAACAGAUUUUCCCAGACAGAUUCAAGCGAGAAAUGCCAAAGGAGCACACAGUGGUCAGCUGGCUUUUAUCACAGAAGCCUGCCAAGCGUCCAUCUGCUCGCGAUAUAUUGGAGAGUGAUCUUUUGAAGGACUUUGCCCCACGUAGACAGGCCAGCAGGUUCCGGACUCGCACCAUCAGCAGUGGAAGCAAUCACUCCGGCAGUUAAUGAAUGGCUCAUAACUUGUCUGACUAAAAUAUGUUUACUUGUGUAGACAAUUAUGUGACAGUAUGUAUUUGAGGUACCUCUGGGCCAGGAUGUUCAACAUUGACUGCAGGACUUGCCAGCACAAGACAUUUGGGGGGACAGGACAAGCCAACAAAACAAAAUAACCUGCAUGAUAUAUGCAAGGGGAUCAUGAGGCCAAGAGUUUCAACAAAGACACAAGAUAAGGGUGAUUUAGGCAGGGAUUUGAGAGAAUUUUUUGGCAGGGAUUUGAGAGCUUUUCAAGAAGUGAUUCCUUGGUCCCCGAGAACCUGUAUAUAUGAGAAAUGUCAAAAUUAAAUGGGCUCCUGGCAUACUUAAAUUUUGCUGCUUUAUUUUAUCUUGCGGCUACAUUUUUCUCCACCUUUGAACAUUGGGGUCAUGACAAGAACCCCUUUCAUGCUUAAUUUUGAACACUGCAUGAGGACAGCAUUAAGUACUGUGAUGUCGCCAGUGAUUGGCUGUUUCAAACAUUCCAUAAAAUCCAGGAAAACAAUGUUGAAGAACUUUGUAACUGUUUGAAAGGUUCCAAGAAACAACUUUAUAAAAUAACAAGCAUACUUGAAACAGGUUAACUGAUAAUAUCUUGAUAAUUUAAUAAGGUCCUGAUAGCUGAUAGCUGUUUCAUCCUUGACGUAGUUAGUGUAUAUGCCUGCUCUGAGGAGGAUGUGAAUGCUUGAUUAAGGUAAUGGUAAGGACCAACAUGCUUUUCUGGCUUUUUCUGUCACAGACAUGUCUACUUACCAUGCACAGAGUUGAACAUCAAGCCAAACUCACAUAUGGCCAAAUAUUUAUUCAUAUAUUUAUGAAUAUCUUACAUCAUAUUGCACAGGGAUUGAUUAUAUCAUCUUUUGGGGAUUAUUCAGGGUUCUCACUUGAGUCCAAAAAUUGCCAUCUAGAUUUAGAUUUUCAUAUAUAAAAAAAUUGGGCACAUGUGCACCAAAGGGCUGAUAUAUUGGUUUGUAAACAAUUUUACAUAUUUCAUAUGAUUGUCACAUGAUAACAUAGUCAAAUAUAUUUGAGCUGAUCAUACCAAUUAAUUUGAUUAUUUUUAACAAAAACGUUUACAAUUUUAGGUAAUUGAAGGUUUUAAGGGAUUGGUAGAAAAAUGGUUUACAGAUGGUGUUAAUCAUAUCAGCAGUUUAGAUUUACAUAGAUAGUUCCAAUAUAUGUGAGAACAGCAGAAAGUUUGGGCAGUAUUGUAUGUGGUGAUCGUAGUAUGUCAUCUUCACUUGUGCCAUACAUUCAAGUUCCAGUACCACUUCGAACUUAAAUGCAUUCAUGUAUCAUGAUGUAUCAAUCUUUCUGUGUAAAUACUUUUUAUUUGGUAUUUUUGUGUUCAGAUUUGCUUCAUAACCGCUAGAAGGUAUGUGGCCAUCUUUCCAAGGCAAGGAUGUUAACUUACUGUAAAAGUCCACUUUCUACCCUUUCUGAACUUGGCUAUAACUGGAGAUAUAAUUUGGCUGGACAUGACGUCAGUGUAUAGUCCAAUUAAAAC